CAGGGAAAAAGUUCAUCAGGAGCAUGCCUCCCAGAGGAAAAAUCCCUUGUUGCCUGUGAAGGAACAGUGGCUCGACUCCACUGUGAAGAAGGUCAGGCUAUCUAUGUGACCAGUGCUACAUACGGACGCACUGAUAAGAAGACGUGCAGCGCUCGUAGACCGGCCGACCAGCUAGAGAACACUGAAUGCUUCACAUACGCAGAGGAAGUUGGUGAGAGAUGCAACGGGAAACAGUGGUGUAAAGUCAAAGCCAGUAACUAUGUGUUCGGAGAUCCCUGCUAUGAAACCUACAAGUACCUGGAGGUGGAAUAUAUUUGUUACGAGGUUCCCCAGUCGUGCCCAGAAUAGAAGCAGAAGUCGCCUUCUUCAUCAGGAUGCUGAUGAAGACUCUGGUGCUGCUGCCCCAACAGAUGAUGGCUGAAGACAACAAACUGAGAGAAGAUCUGCAGCAUCUUGUUGAAAACCUGGAAGGAUCUUAGCGUCCUCAAGAAGCUGACAGAAAAUAAUCUGAAUUACAAUUAAACAUAACAAAUAAAGUAAUAUCACAGAUUAUAGCUUUGAAAAUCUUUUUAUUUUUCUUCCUGUUGUAUCAAACUUAAAGACAGUUUUUCUCUCCAACUGCUUCUCUUUGUAAACUUCUUCAGCCAAAAUAAAACAAAAAGCUGAAAGAGGAA